CGUGUGGGGCGUUGUGGGGAAGGAGUGCGGUGGGCUCAUUGUCUCCGGUGAGGGACGGAGGGCACGUUCAGCGCAGUCAUCGGCACCGCUCCGCAGCUCGCGCGUCCGCUGUCCCGCUGCCGCGCAGCGCUGGGGACCGCGCCUCUGCCGGCACGCGUUACUCUUUCCCUGCCGUGUGGUACCGCUGUGCUCUGCCGCUGCCUCAGGCAGUUCUGGUUCGUUCUUCGCUGGGGCCCUUCCGCGGGCUGCACCGCGAGCUACAGCAGCCGCGUGGUGGCUUUCCUCGGUGGAAGAAGGCGCACCCACAACGUGAAGUCGCUGCUGGUCUUUUCGUGUUGAAAAUCCCAUCCCUCGCUAUUGUUUUCUGUUGUAAACCUGCUCAGGAGCUUAUGGUGCUGUCUGAGCAGCCUAGCCAGAACAGAGAUGUGAGUUCACGGGGCGUGGAGGUCUUCUGUAUUUUGUGCUGCAAACGGAGCUCCCCAAAGCACGCAGCCUACAAGCAGCGGUUUGCUGGCUGCAUCUCGAUGCUUGCAGUGUAGGAAAACUGCAGUGUUUGUGUGUGUGCGGAUGCGGUGGAGCAGAACAAACUUCCAGCUCUGCUACCACCAGCUGACAGCCUGAUCUAACAAGUUGUUAUGCUUUCUACAAGGACCUUACAUUAAGGGUCUCUACGUUAAGACCACUGUUUCACAGGCAUGCUCUCCUUUCAAGAUGGCUGUAAUCUAUUUUUAUUGUCUAGAGAGAAAUUACACUGCGUCAUAACUACAAAUCUUUUUGUAAGGGAAACAAUGAGGAAACAAAAGAGAACGGGAAGACUUUCCAGCUCAGCCCUGCCAAAGGAACUUUCCAUUUUGCGGUACAGUGGGGCCUUAUUACCUCAGUAGCGUCCUGACUUAGGUGGCUGAUGGGAGUGCAUUUGUGUGGGUGCUGAGCAUCACAGCUGCGAAACAUCUGCUCUGAAGAUACGGCGGAGUUCUACUUGUGCGUUUUUCCAAAUGUUUCCUGUCUCUGUGCAUUGGAGGUUGCACUAGAUGACCUUUAAAGGUCCCUUCCAACUCAAAUGAUUCUAUGAGACAUCCAGCCAAAUACUCUGUUUCUUUCUAUUUAAUGUUGUGAAGCCAUGCGGCUCUUCCUUGAACCUAACAGUCAGAACUAAGAGCCCAAGAUGUUCGGUGUCGGAUGAUGUCUUUUUUCCACUGGCUUCGGAAGGUGCUGUAUAAUUAACAAGGAGGCACUUCAAGUCUUUUUUGUAAUCUCUCCUGAGUCAAUAAUAUCGUGUCAUUGCAAUUAGUAAUCCUCCUUUAGAAACAGCAGCGGGUGGCAAAUAUUUUGCAAAGUUAUCUUACUUGAGUCAAUAUUUUCUGUAAUUUGUGCCCCCAAGUGUUUUUAUUUUAUAUGCAAUAACAAAAGUCUAAAAAAUGAUUACUCCCACUCUAAAGCUGGCCAUUUUCAUUAGUCAUUUUCCAUCUCACUUCAAUUAUAUAGUGUGAUUUCCCAGCAAGCGCUUAAUAUUUCAUAAGUCUCCAGAGUUGCAGAUUAUUAUAUCUUUCUUUCAUUUGGGAUUUCAGAGUGCUCACUGUAGAACCGCAGAAUGGCUUAGGUGGGAAGGGACCUUAAAGACAAUCUAGUUUCAACCCUCUGCUGUGGGCAGGUCUGCUGUCCACCAGCUCAGGCUGCCCAGGGCCCCAACCAACCUGGCCUUGAACACCCCCAGGGAUGGGACACCCACAGCUGUGGGCAGCCUGUGCCAGCACCUUACUGCCCUCUGAGUAAAGAAUUUCCUCUUCAUUUCUAAUCUAUAUCUUCCCUCUUUUAGUUUAAAGCCAUUCCUCCUUAUCCUGUCACUAUUAGACUGUAUAAAAAGUUGGUCCUCCUCCUGCUUAUAAGCUCUCUUCAGGUACUGGAAGGCCAUAAUGAGGUCUCCCCAGAGCCUUCUUUCUCCAAGCUAAACAAGCCCAACUUUCUCAACUUUCUUCACAGGAGAAAUGUGCUCACUGCAGUACUUGCCUAUUGGUCCAGCACAUCUUGAGAAGAGAGUGUUUUCCCAAGCAAAGGCAGAGUGGGAUUGCUGGAAAGGCUGGGAUCAUGUUAUUCUUGCAUUCUGCUCAAGUCACGUUUGGUGGGGGCUAGCAUCUGGUUUAGUACUUCAUACUUGACAGAUAUAGUAUGGUGGUCUGGCACUAUUGCAAUGGCUCUUGGUCAAAUAGGGAAUUUCUUGGCCUACACUGCAGUCCCAACUGUGUUAGUGACUCCCUUGGGAGCGCUUGGUGUUCCAUUUGGGUCCAUUUUAGCUUCUUAUUUGCUGAAAGAAAAACUGAACAUUCUUGGCAAGCUGGGAUGUUUGCUGAGCUGCGCUGGGUCUGUUGUUCUCAUCAUUCAUUCCCCAAAGUCUGAGAGUGUUACGACUCAGGCUGAGCUCGAAGAGAAACUUACAAAUCCAGUUUUCGUGGGUUAUCUCUGCGUAGUACUGCUAAUGCUUCUCCUGCUUAUCUUCUGGAUAGCUCCAGCGCAUGGACCUACUAAUAUCAUGGUUUACAUCAGUAUAUGCUCUCUCUUGGGCAGUUUCACUGUUCCCAGUACAAAAGGCAUUGGGCUGGCUGCUCAAGAUAUCUUUCAUAAUAAUCCGUCAAGUCAAAGGGCUUUGUACCUCUGUCUGGUACUUUUGGCAGUAUUAGGGUGUAGCAUUAUCAUUCAGUUCAGGUACAUCAAUAAGGCACUGGAAUGUUUUGACUCCUCUGUGUUUGGAGCCAUCUACUAUGUUGUAUUUACAACUCUAGUCCUGCUGGCUUCAGCCAUCCUUUUCAGGGAAUGGAGUAAUGUAGGAGUGGUCGAUUUCUUGGGAAUGGCCUGUGGAUUUACUACAGUAUCUAUUGGAAUUGUUCUUAUACAAGUCUUCAAGGAGUUCAACUUCAAUAUUGGAGAUUUAAAUAAACCUAACAUGAAGACAGAUUAAUUUUUUUUUUUUUUAAUGGGAAACUGGAUGGCUCAGGGAAAGAUAAAGAGCCUUUCAUUUCUAGGUCACUGAUUCAAAUAUGAUUCAGGUUGGUAGUCAGCCUCUGAUGAUUUGGUGGCCUACAUGAAAUGAAUUGGAGGCCUCCAUCCAGUUUCAAAGGAGCAGUUGUCCAUUGUACCCCAGUUAAUACAAUAAAUGACCUUAAUUGGAACCGUGGAUUGAGUCAGCAUAGAGACUGAUGUAUUUCCUUACUAUAAAGGAUAAUCAAUCAGAAGAGAUUUGAGGAUAUUCUGGCAGACCUGUGUGUGAAUCCUUGUAUUUUGGCUGCCUCUGAGGUAUUGUUUUUGUGGGUAGAAAACUUCAGUUUCUAAUGAGCUCAAUCUGACUCCUUUACAUGAAUGAUGUAUACCUUAAAAAUAAGAGGGGGAGAAAAGUGAGUUGAACAAUUUGUUAAUACUGCAAUGUAUUCACCGUCAAGGCUGUGAAUUCUGAGACUAAUGUUGGCUGAAUUACGGACUGCAGAUUUGUCCUUCUUAGUGACUGUCUUGGCAAUUUGGUCUGCCGUGCGGUGAAGACACUGGGGAGUUUUAAAAUUGAAUUCUUCACACAGAGCAGUGAACCCUUAAAAUCCUUCACUAUUUACUUAUCAGCCAAUGGUAGUGUCCAGGGUAUGCAUUUUCCUUUGUAACAUGUGCAUUAAGACAUACCGCAUUCACCUGAGAGUUUUUAAUCAGGAGCAGACAAAGACUGUAAAAGAUAUAGAAAUGAUGCACAGACUCAUUGCCUAUAUGGUGGCUUAUUUGUAAGCAGCUCAGAACUAUUUCAGUGCCUUUGUAAUCCAAAAAUACUGCAUAAAUGUGAAUGUAUUUGUUUCAGAUGGCCUAUAUUGGUUUAAUAAUUCAGUCUCGCUGUCUAUAAUACUGGACUGUAUUCAAAUUCUAAACAUGUAAAGCAUCCAGGAGACACGUAUUUUGGAAGAAUUUACUAGCCUGAAUUGAAACUCUUAGAUGCUUUGACAGCUUUGGCAUAGUUGUAAUGGGAAGAGGUAACCUAUGAGAGGACUACUCGAAGCCAACCAGCAUACCUUGACUCUAAUUAAGUGACUAAACACAGGAAACUAUAUUGCAAAGUAGUUGAUAAGCAGAAAAAAAACAAACAUGUAAGAGACAAAAGGGCAUAAAAUUUCUCAUCGCUCAGAAAAAGAAAAGGUGGCCUCAUCCUCUUGUAACAUUGGAAAAGGAGAUUGAAGACUGACAAAGCGUAGGCAUUCAGAGAGCUGAGUUUCAGGAAACCAACUGGAACAUACAUUCAGAUCCGCUAACUUAUAGACCUUUAUGAAUAGUACAGCAAUAAUAUUUUGACAGGUAGUACACAAUAGCUUAAGCUGCAAGUGGAAUGAUUCUGAACUGUUUAGGUUAAACCUUUUAGAGGACAUUUGUAUGUCAAAAAUAGUUAAUUUUCAUGUGUUUAUAUUUGGUAGUUAAAAAAUCACGUCAAAAAUUUGCAAGGAAAGCUUGAAAAGUAAUAAAUGUUUGUUUCCUUUUGAGUACAAAAACAGAAAUUGCACAGUGGAACUCAAUAUCUCUAGAUCAGGAUGUUUCUUGAAACAAACAAAAUCCCAGUAUGAUUACGAGACAGUGUUUGGAAAAGUUCAUGAUGCUUUAUGAAGAAAUCAUGAAUCUUUGUGACUGGCUGAGAGUAAUAGAACUGUUGAUUAAUGGAAGUAAUAGUGUCCACUCUGAAGUGUUUUUCUUUGGUGUGAAUUAAUGCUAACUUAAAACUCACCUGUUGUUUGGAAGCCAGUUUGACAACUCCAAACCGUGAGGGACUCAUGGUCUGAACUGGCAGAAACGUGCACUGUUACAGACUGGCACAGAAAUUGGGUGUCUUGGUGGAACAAAAUAGCACUAGCAGAAAAGGGGCCAUCUUGGAUUUGUAGAUACUUCAUAUGAUUUCUAGGAAGUGUCAGAAUUGUAGAUGGGGCAAAUUGGACUACAAAAGAUAGUUGCAACUAAACUCUAUCCGUAUUGAUUGAAGGUGGUGUAUUGGUUAUCAGCAGACAAGUAUGUUUUGUCAUACUAGUUCCUUUUUUUUACUGAAACCUGAAUUGUACAUAAGUUCUGAGACCUAUAGUGACCUACUUUUUAAAACAAUGUUAGUUGUUUUCUGAAGCAGUCAAAUCGUCUUUUCAAAAUCCACAUUCACAAGUUGCGUGUUGGUUUUGUACUAGCCUCUAAUCUCCAAACGCUUCCAUGAAGAACUUUCUUUAGGUUAAAGUGAAAACGUUUGUGGUCUUACCUCAGACCUUCUUGGCCAUAUUUGUGUGUUUUGUUUUAAAACAUUCCUAUUUAUUUAGAAAGUGCCUAUCCUAGUACGUUAGGUGCAUAUGCAAAUUAUUAGUAAAUAUUGUAUCCACAAUAACUUGACUGCCCUGUCUAACUCUUGCCAUUUUCUGCGACACACAAACAAGUUUACUUGAUGAGCACUCUCUACGCAGAGUAAGAAUUAAGUAGCAGCCAUGUUCUGUGGUCCUUUGGCCAUCCUUACAGCUGAUAAAUGUAUGUAUAGGUGUCUUCUCCCCAGCUGCUCCUCAUCCAUGAUGAGCUUUCUAGAAAUGUCUGGUUAACCUUGUUGUUUAAAACAGAUGUCAAAAGCCAGCACAUAAGAUGAAAGAAAUUCUCGUGGCCUUGCACAUCAUUUAUAUCUGCAGCCUUUUACAUCAUGAAUGCUAAAUGAGGGAAGCCUUUAUUUUUGCUACUUUGUUCAGUAUAUAACAGUGUUCUUUUGAGUACUGCUGUACCUGGAUCUGGUUCAAUUCUAACUUUAGAAAUGUAUUAGCAUUUUGUUGUCACUGUUGGUAUGAUUCUUCCUCCCUCCAUCCCGUGGCCUCCUUUUUUUAGUCUUUCCCAGCUCCUUUUCUGAUUUAAAAGGAGGCACUGCUGAAGUUGAAUUUUAGCUGUUCCCUCUUUUUUUCCCACCUCUGACAAAUAAGCACUUUGAAAAAGACAUCUGAGUUCCGUCAUCUCAGGGAGCAAAUGUGCAUAGCUGUUUCCUGAGCUUUCCCUCAUGGAAGUGAUGGAGCCUACACGUGUAAAAUGGACUGAUUACAGUGGUGGGAUGCAUUUCAGUUAAAUUCAAAUCCAUAUGAAAGGUGUUUCACUCUGUAUGUCUGGCUUCUGUUGUACUUAUCAAACAUACAUACGUGUUACUCACUUGACGAUAGCGCUUUGAUGAUUAUCCCUUCAGUGUAUGGAGGAUUUACAUGUGUCACUCCCGAUCUUUAUUAGGUGUCAAACACAAAAAUCCCUCAAAUGUUCAGUAGGAAAAUAGAAACAUUUUUGAUACAACAACCAAAAGAAAAUUUGUUACCUUAAGUACUUAUGUAAAAAUGAAAAAUAUCUAAGGUUAUCUGCUGUACUGACUUUCCAAGACAUUAUAUAUGUAAAUAGAGCCUAUUUAUUAGUGAGCUGAAACUAACGUUAACGAGAACCUGUCACAUCACGGUUUGACAAGUGAGGCUUCCUAUUAAUAAUCUUGGUUUGUAUUGAACAUAUGUAUUUUUCUGAAGUAACUAGCACUGAAAAAUGAAAACACUGGACUUUGUUUGUUGAGGUACUAGAAUCUGUGAUGUUUAGCUUUGCUUUUUAUUUAAAAAAAAAAAAGGGUUUGUAUUUGAAGAAAGAUCUGGGGUUAAUAAGUAUGGAGUGCUUAAAACUGGACUUUGCACAUUGUAGCCUUCUUUUCUUCUUUCUUCAUAAAUAUAAAGCAUUCUACAGAUGUUCCUCAGUUGUCUUGCUGAAGCUUCACUGUUCAAUCAAUUAUUAACAAAUAUUUAUCAAUUACCUGAUGUCUUUUCUUUACAGAGAUCAAUCUUUGUGAUAAUUUUUCGGUGCUACUGAAUACAGGCUUAAGUGAUGCAGAAUUUGAGUGUACCAUGUGAGGCACCAAUGAUGUGGAAAGUUGUUAUUACUAGUGCCCAAGUGUUUCAGACAACAAUGUUGAAAUGAUUACAAAGUUAGAGAUUAAGAAAUCUUUCUUAAAAGCUGAAAAUAAGCGGUUUGGGUGGGUUUUCUUGUGUUUGGUUGGUUUAUUUUAUUUUAUUUUAUUUUAUUUUAUUUUAUUUUAUUUUAUUUUUUUCUCCAAACAGCUACUCUAGAGAAUAGAAAGUGUUACAGAAAUUGGGUAUUUUUAACUUCAUUCCUUUUUCAGCUGUGAAACUUUCUUUCUUUUUUUCUAACUUUUGUUUUCCUGGAAUGUAAAAAACAGUUCUGAUGAGAUGUGGGGAAAAAGUGGAUGGCAACAAAUACACAAUGGCAGGUUGGGUUGCUUCAAUGCUAUUGCAAUAUAGUCACUAUGGAUUACAUAAAAAUGGUUUAUUUUAUUAGCUUUCAAAUAAUGUAUAUAUAUAUAUAUAUUUGUUAAUGGCUUACCAGUCAAGCUUACUCUUUGCUUUUUAAAAAAUAGUUAUAGGCAUGUUGUAUUUGCCUUGUGUAAAUUAUAAGAGGCUAUUUAUUAAGUUUUCUGAUAACUAAUCUAUUUAUUAAUCUGUAAUGUUUUAAAAUAAAUGAUUUUAUUUCUAGCUCAA